AUGGAGGAGUCGAAAUGGACUUUUGGCUUAUCGUCGGUUAGGAUUGCCGUGGGUCUGGCGAAAAAGGUGGGCAGUACAAAGCAAGGGCUGUGUGGCAGAAGCCUGCUAGGCCAAGUCUGUUGGCUGGUUUUGGUGGUACCCCUCUUCAAGCUCAGCUCUGGGUCUCCGUCUUUCCCGCUUCAAAGUGGACCGCAGCGGGCAGGCGCAGGCACCUGGCCUGGCCGCCAUGCUCAGCCGCCAUUUACCAGUGUCCUUCGUCCUGCAUUUUCAGUCAGUUUUGUUUCUUCGCCAAUAUACCCCGUUGUCAUGUUGCCUCUCCUUCAAAACCCCUCUCCUGCGAUGACGCCGCCGCGGUCCAACUUCGAUGCCACCAUAUUUCCGAAUCACGACGCCUCCUCAUUCAGUGACCACCACCUCCAUAAUGUCGCAUCGCCGUAUCAACAGUCAUUUGCAAUUCGCACGUCUCGACCCCAACGGCUCAACAACUCAUUUGGCUCUGCUUUUUACCCGCAACGCCAAGAAUAUCACCUCAGGCGAAAGACUCCCAACGGGACCAUCGAUGCCGGUUAUGACGGAUCACCAUCGCCCUUCUCUCAUGGUCCUCCACCUCCAAAACAUCUAUUUCAGCCUCGGUCGGCAAUUUCUACAGCGUUCCCUCUUGCCAGCCCGUCAAUACACCACCCUCGAUUCACCACUGAAAUAGACCAUCACCAUUCACCCUCAGCCGUUAACAAAGGGUUUGACGACCAUCUACAAGCCCGUUCCAGAUCCUCUACUUGGGCUUACGCGGGUGAUGCCGCACCGCACCACGGCGCAUUUCCUGGCAACUAUUAUGCCUUUCAUCAACCUGAAGCGCAGUUUAACCCAUAUGGUCAACCCGAGGCGUCUGGGUUCCCAAACCUUUACCAACCAGUGAUACGAGCUCACGAAUACAACGUCAGGGCAUUCUGUCCGCCCCCGGUUGUCAUGAACGAAUCGUUGCCUUUUGGUCAACCAGCCAGUCAUAUGCCCUGGAAUUUCCACGCCCAGUCCGGCGUUCUCCCCAGACAUGUUCAACAGCAAGGUCCUCGCCAUUUCCAGCAUCAUGCCGUUCAUGGGAUCGCACGUCCAUCUUCGUUUUCUCAUGUUGUUGAAGCGGAACCCCAUGGCCACACCGGCAAUGACUUGGGAAUGCCCAUUCAAUCACAUACCAGAACUGCUCAUAUGAGUAACCCGCAAGGGUUCAGAGAGAAGGUAGUCUUGCAGGCCCACAAGGUUUAUAUUGACCUCCUAGCGUGCACUCAGGCCAUCCGAAAACCAAAUGCGACCAAAAGUGCAGCAGGAAAUACUACAUCGCCAAGGCUUCUCGUUUACCCCAAGCCUCCGAAACCAUCUUUGAGGAUCUCAGAGGCAGCUCUCGGACACGAGUUUGCACCUUUCAGGCCGCCUCAAGAAAAUGAACACUACCAGGGAUACAGCAGCAGGAGACAUUCGGCACAUAACUUCUAUGGGUCCUCCAACAGUUACUUACCCAUGGGAAAUACGACUCCAUUCACGGCAGCCAAGUCUACGUUGGAAGUGCUCAGUAAUCUCUGCGAACAGAGUAGCUGGGGUUGGAUUGAUGGAAUGAUGUUGGGAGGAUGUCUGCACUAUGGUCUGGAACAAUAUCAAGAGGCACUGGAAUGGUUCUCGAGAAUUCUUGCCCUUGACUCGAGCGAUGUCGAGGCAAUUACGAACAAAGCCGCCACUCUUUAUUGCCUUAAUCGUCAAGAUGAGGCCGAAAAACAUUGGAUUCGAGCUGUCGAGGUGCAACCCAGUUAUCUAGAAGCUGUUGAGCACCUGGUUGGUCUGCUAUACAAGAAACGCAGUAAGGAAGCCGUUGAUAUUAUCGACCAUGUCCAGCGCGCUCUAAGAAUCUCUUCGGUACAAGAUCAACGACAUGGGCCUCAGAGCCAAGUAGCAAAGACUCCUGGCUUUGCAUCAAGUGGUUACGCACUGCCCGCAAAAGAGAAUGGGCGCAUACUGGCUCUGAUACAUGCAAAGGGAACCAUGCUCUACAGUCUUAAAGAAAUCAACAGGGCAUCAGAAGCAUUCGAGGAGGCCGUGUUGAUCAGCGUUGGUCGUCGAAUGACUGGCAUACAGGAUCUUGUUCGUCAAAUUCAGACAGCGUUGUCGCCAAAUGAGGGUUUCGCAUCGAACGGACAAGUCGGGUACAACACGCGGCCCUUGUUACUUCCCCCUGAGCGUGCUCGUCACACUGCACAACUAGUUUUCGGUGGCACUGGAGCUCUACCAGGGCUACAGCAUGUGCCUGAAGGCUCAACUAAGAGAGCGGCCGUACAGACCACAAGCAACUCGCUAUUGUCACUGGCAAAGAUAUUUCAGGACUCCUUAUCGACUGGGCAAGGGGCACCAAAUAUCCUGCGACGCCCUUCGGGGGUUGAAGAUAUCCUAGCCCUCUACUAUCUAUCUUUGUCCCUCCAGGAAAGUCCUUCUACAGCCAACAAUGUCGGUAUCCUCCUUGCUGGCGUGCAACAAGCUACAUCCAACCCCCCAAGGCCAAAUAUGGAUGCUCUCUCUCAUCCAGGCAUUCCUGGAAUUGUGCCAGGAAGCGGCCUGGCGUUGGCUCUGGCAUAUUACCAUUACGGCCUGCGUCUUGAUCCCAAACACGUACAUUUACAUACCAAUCUGGGAAGCUUACUCAAAGACAUCGGACAAUUGGACCUGGCUAUCCAAAUGUACGAACAGGCGGUAUCAUGUGACGGGACCUUCGAUAUCGCCCUGACUAACCUCGCCAACGCUGUCAAGGACAGGGGGCGCAUCAACGAUGCAAUCUCGUACUAUAAACGGGCAGUCAACUCAAAUCCCGACUUCGCCGAGGCUGUUUGCGGUCUCUCUACCGCUCUCAAUUCGGUUUGCGACUGGAGGGGCCGAGGUGGGGUCAUACUCAAAGGUGGGAAGUAUGAUCGAUGGCAUGUUGAUGACGAUGGUCAACUUAUCGAUGCUCGAGCUACUGGGCAUGAUGAUGGUCUCGUCAGCCGUGUUAUUCGCACCAUCAAUCGUCAGUUGAGUGAGGCAUCGCAUUGGGGGCGUGGUGUUCUCGACGAUAACCGCAUCGCUGCUUUGGCGCAACAGAUUCAAGAUCUUGGCCUGGGCGCAGCACAUGAGGUUCAGCAAGACCUGGCAAAGUGGAAAAACCAGCGAUGGGAGGGCGCGCGCGUGCGCAAUGGAAUCCGAAUAUCCUGCUCCACGCUGCGAUUGCCAUGGCUACCUUCGACGGUUUAUCCUCCGCCUCCUCCCCCAAACCCUCAUCUAAACAUUGGAUAUGUAUCAUCAGACUUUAACAAUCACCCUCUCGCUCACCUAAUGCAAUCGGUAUUUGGAUUCCAUGAUCCCCAACGUGUGCGCGCAUUUUGCUAUGCUACGACGGCGAGUGAUCGGUCUGUCCAUCGACAGCAGAUCGAACGUGAGGCCCCUGUAUUUCGCGACGCCAGCAGUUGGCCUGCAGACAGACUAGUCGAACAGAUCGUUAGCGAUGAGAUUCACGUACUUGUAAAUCUCAACGGUUACACACGAGGAGCUCGUAACGAGGUCUUUGCCGCACGACCUGCGCCAGUCCAAAUGUCAUUCAUGGGCUUUGCCGGUACAUUAGGUGCUGAAUGGUGCGAUUACAUAUUAGCAGAUAGCACAGCCAUUCCUCCCGAGACCCUGCGACCCUGGCGUGGAAACUCAAAGGUUACCGACGUGUUCCAAGAUGAGACGGAGGGUGAAGGAGAGGAUUGGAUGUACUCGGAGAACAUCAUAUUCUGCCGAGAUACGUUCUUCUGCUGUGAUCAUGCCCAAUCUUGCGACGCAGGUGAACGGUCGAUCACCUGGGAACAAGAACAGCAACGUCGCUGGAAGAUGCGAAAGGAAAUAUUCCCUGCAUUGGCCGAUGACACUAUAAUCAUGGGCAACUUCAACCAGUUGUAUAAGGUUCCGAAGGCGGUGAUAUGGCUUCUCCGAUUUCCCGAACUAGGAGAAGCCAACCUGCGGCGGACAGCAAAGGAAUGGGCCGGGGAGGAAGUUGCCAGCCGCUUGUUGUUUACUGAUGUUGCGCCAAAAAGUCAGCACAUCUCAAGGGCCCGAGUGUGCGAUUUGUUUCUCGACACCCCAGAGUGCAAUGCUCAUACAACAGCGGCGGAUGUUCUCUGGUCAAGUACGCCUUUACUCACGCUUCCUCGUUAUCCAUACAAGAUGUGCUCUCGAAUGGCGGCAUCAAUCCUCAAAGGUGCCCUGCCAAAAUCGGACGAAGGUCGACAGGCCGCAGCCGAACUGAUCGCCGGCGAUGAAAAGGAAUACGAGCAGCGUGCAGUCAAGCUUGCCAACCAGCUCAGUUACACCAUAUCAGCGAGCGGCUAUGGUCAGGGGGAGGGUCGUCUGGCCGAGAUUCGCAAGUUGUUGUGGGAAAGCAAGUGGCACUGCGGACUAUUCAACACCAGAAGAUGGGUUGACGAUGUCGAGACGGCGUAUGAGGAAGCAUGGCGGCGAUGGGUCGCUGGCGAAGGUGGUGAUAUCCAUCUAUGA